CCGGCCAGCCCCCUUCACCCCGGCUCAGGGCUCCCGGCCCUCUCCACCGUAGCCGUUGGGGCCGCCGCAGCUCUCCUGACGGUGCCGUGCCUCGCCGCACCAGGCCUUCCCGCCUCCAGCAGCCCCAGCCCGCCGCGCAGGGCCUCGCUCCGCCUCCCGGCGUGGCCUCCCCAGCGCCCUCCGAUGCACGGGCAGGCGGGGGCCGAGAGCUGGGGGCUGAGGGAGGAGCGAGGCGGGGAGGUGCUGCCGGGCUGGGUGAGGGGCGCGGGGCCGUGGGCUCCCUCCCGCUAAGGGGAGGGCGGAAGUGAAAGAGGUGCCUGGGUCAGGGAGGUUCCGCAGGAGUGAUGGAAGCAGGAGGAGGGCUAGAUGAAGUAUUCUGCUGUACUACAGUUUAUGGGCUGCAGGAUGGGAAUUUGGCUUUGUACAGAUUAUUUACAUGCUCCUAAGCACUUUGUUGCAGCAAGAGGUUUGCCUUCUCCAAGGAUAAAGUCAUGGUUGAAUUGUCUCAUAGCAACUUAGAUAAAACAACAGUUAUUCAACAAAUAAUAUCCUCUUGUUGUGGAGCUAUAAUUACAUCACUGAUUGUAACUCCUCUUGAUGUUAUCAAAACUCGACUGCAAGCCCAAAGCAAUCCAUUCUCCAAAGGUAAGUGUUUUGUAUACUCCAGUGGCCGUAUGGAUCAUAUAUGUGUUUGUGAGAAUGGAAACAACAAAGCCUGGUAUAAAAAACCUGGGCAUUUCAAAGGCACAUUGGAUGCAUCUGUGAAAAUUAUUCAAAGAGAGGGAAUUAAAUCACUGUGGAGUGGACUUCCCCCAACAUUAAUAAUGGCACUUCCUUCUACAGUGAUCUAUUUUACCUGCUAUGACCAACUGAGUGAAGCUCUGAAGUCUAGACCUGAUAUGGAUGAUCAAUACGUUCCAAUUCUUGCAGGUUCCUUAAGCAGAUUUGGUUCAGUUACUGUAAUGAGUCCCCUGGACCUGAUCAGAACAAGAAUGCAGUAUCGCAGGUUGUCUUACAAGCAGCUGUACAUGUGCAUCAGCAGUAAAGUGGCUGCAGAUGGAUGGCUUUCCCUGUGGGGGGGCUGGAGUUCUACUCUUCUGAGAGAUAUACCUUUCUCAGCAAUGUACUGGUCUAAUUAUGAAACUUUCAAGAAGAUGCUGUGCAAGGAAGUUGGUGCACAGGAACCAACAUUUCUUAUUGCUUUUACUUCAGGAGCUGCAUCUGGCUCUAUUGCAGCUAUCUUAACUCAGCCAUUUGAUGUAGUGAAAACACAUAGGCAGACUGGACUUUGGGAGACUGAGACCUUAAAAAUUCCACAGAGGCACUGUACGUCAACCUGGGCAGUUAUGAGGAAAAUUGUCACUAAAAAUGGGAUUACUGGACUAUUUGCUGGUAUGACUCCACGGCUGUUUAAAGUUGCUCCUGCUUGUGCCAUAAUGAUCAGCACAUAUGAAUAUGGAAAGUCUUUCUUUUCUCAUUUACAUGAAAAAAUGGACUAACAUCCUUAAUUCUCCUUCCUCGAACUGAGAGAAGUAAAAAUAUAUGGUAAAAUGUGCCAAAUUUCAAUCUGUCAAAGUAUCUUCUUGAAUUCCCAGUGAAUUCUUGUCGUUAUAUUUGGUAACUAAAUAAAUUUGGUAACUAAAUUUGGUAAACUAAACUAAAACUAUAAGCUUCAUUUACAAUUGUUUCACAAUGGACAAAUUCACUUUUUCCUCUUUUCAUAAGACUUAUGAAAAUGCACAUGACCCUCAAAACUACCAUUGAAGAUUUUGUGGCUUCUCUUGCAGCUAAAGAGAAACAAGGAAACAAAGGAGAUAAAAAACAAAAAAAAAAAAGAAAGAACAAACAAACAAAAACCUAGGCUGGACAAAGCAAUAAAGAAAAACCACUGCCACUGUGUUAAUUUUUCAGUCUGACUAAAGAUUUUUCUCAAGUAUUUAAAAUGAUAUUUAUAAAAUGUUUUGGGCUUUAAAUUGGAUGAUAUGAUUAUUAUUCCAUAAAGAGGUUGAUCUAGAGUUAAUUCAAUAAACAGUUAUUUAUUCUUAA